UUGCCCGUCGUCCAUUUUCAAUAGGAAACCUUUUCGACAUCAAACUGGUUUGUGCACCUGCUUUUUAAAGGGGCGUGGCGGUUAGACGUGUAGGGUACCGCUUCCAGCUAAAGAUGCUGAUAGCUAUAGCAACGACAACAGGGGAAAGCGGAGGGCGACAACAAUGGAUUUACGAUUUGUAAGCAUCAUUCGGAUUGUCUGACUACGCCGAGCAUUUCGUUUGUGCGUGACAUGAAGAUCAACUGUUCCCGACACGAAUGUAGCUCGAGCGACAUGGCGCUAUGACUGCUGACUCGAAAUGUAAACAAAGGGAGACGGGCCUUAUGCCAUCUCUCUCUAUAGGCCUGGCUAGCUGCAUUGAAGUUGUCGUUGAUAGUGUCAGUGACUGUCUUAAUGCACGGUGCAUGUACUAGUACAAGCAUACCAUGUGAUGGAUCCUGUGUCAGUUGUACCGUAAUGUUUCAAAUGGGUGUUAAAAUGAAAUUUUUCUAUAUUUUCUAGUGCAACAAUGACAGUCUUUUUGGAAUGUCAAAGGAUUAGGCUAGAUGCCAUACCAGUUAUUUGGCUAUAAUGCCACCAUUUAAACAAGCAAUAUUGGCUGGCGUUGUAACCUAUCAGAUCUGCCCAAUUGUCUCUCUCUGACAACUGAAGUAAUAUUAUAUUAGUGGGUCGUUCCACGAAAAGAGUGCAUUUUGCCUCCCUUUGAUAUUUUAAGUAGAACUUGUGCACAAUUCUUGAAUUUUAAAAGCAUGUUAUAUUAAAUGAAUUGCCAUUUAAUAUAGACCUCAUGAAGAAUUCAAUACAAUCUCAGCAUUUUGACAUGUCUCUCCACACACCCUCUGCACCUUCUAGGAAGAUUUGAAUCCCAACUCCCAAGUUUUCACCAUCAUCGUAAAGCCCUGGUUAUUUUGUUGCUUUGAGUCAUUUCUGAAGAGUAUUAUUUAUCACGUGAUUAAUUUACUCCUGUCUCAUUUUAAGGUUAACCCAGUUACGUGAACUGCUCGUUAUAUCCUUUUUAAAUUGGUUUAAAAAAAACAUUGAACAUCCAUCUAAUAGUCAAAUCAUAGUGUAAAAGCAGGUUAGAUGGUUCUACUCAUAUUGGCCAUUUUCUAGUAUUUUGUAGUGUUAUGUUCCCCAGCAAGAAAAUGAAAGAUUGUCACUCAAACAGAAGGAGGAACUAUCAACAAGAGUCACUGACAACAACCAAAACAGAAAAGGUCUGAGGCGUACUGAGUGAAACAUGGCCACGCAAGAACCAUCCCCUCCAUCGUCCAUGGAGAGCAACAAACCCGGCUUCCCCAAGAAGAUCCUGGCCAAUAAGCUGGAGGAUAAGCACCUGUGUAACUGCUGUCACAACCUGCUGCGGAGGCCCUUCCAAGCCCAGUGUGGACACCGCUUCUGUUCCUACUGCUUCACUAUGACUGUCAGAGAUGGACCUCAGAAAUGCAAUGCUUGUAUCAAAGAGGACAUUUUUGAAGAGCCCACGUCAAUUCUAAAACAAGGCUGUGCUUUUCCUGACAACGCAGCUCGAAGAGAGGUCGAAAACCUCUCUGCUGUCUGCAUCAACGAAGGUUGCACUUGGAAAGGCAAUAUUAAAGAAUACGAGUUGAGCCACGAAGAGAAGUGUGAGUUCAUGAUCAUCCCCUGCCCUUCCUGUAAAGAGCGGAUCCGCUUCAACGAACAGGAACGCCACAACGAGCGAGAGUGCCCUGAGAGAACCCUCAACUGCAAGUACUGCAAGGAGCCAUUCCAUUUCAAAAACAUCAAGGCCCACGACGAGAUCUGCCCCAAGUACCCCAUGAUCUGUGAAGGCUGUGCCAAGAAGAAAAUCCCCAGGGAGAAGUAUGUGGACCACAUUAAGUUCUGCAGCAAAUUCAGAACGCCGUGCAGAUUCCAUGUUGUUGGGUGUGAUAUGUCAGUGGAGAAGGAGAGGAUCCACGACCACGAGAGGGCCUGCGCUUACGAACACCUCAACCUGCUGCUACACUACAUUAUGGGCAUGAAGGUGAGCAUGGAGGGCCUGCAGCCGCAGGGACUGGAGCUAGCCGGACACAAGCUCCUGGACCUCCACCGUUCCCUCAGGGAGCUGGAGGUCCGCGUCUCCCAGAUCAGCACCACCUCGAUCGGGCCUCCCGUGCAGGGGGUCACAUCCUCCUCUUCCUCCUUAGGUCUCCCGGGGCCUCCUACCACGGCUCUUCCUCUGCCUCCACCUCCCGCCCCGGUCCCAACCCUGACCGUGUCCACCUCCUUCACCCCCCUGCCUAGCUCGGUGGGGGCGGCCCUGGAGCUGCAGCUCCACAGUGAGAAGACCAAGGUGGCGGAGCUGGGACGCAGGUGCACUGACCUGGAGGUGAAGGUGGGGACGUUUGAGAAUGUGGUGUGUGUGUUGAACCGAGAGGUAGAACGCUUCACCACCACCAUGGAGGCAGGUAACAGACAGCAUCGACUGGACCAGGAUAAGAUUGAGGCCCUGAGCAACAAGGUGCGGCAGCUGGAGAGGACGGUGGGACUGAAGGACCUGACGGUAGCGGAGAUGGAGGGCAGGCUGAGAGAGAUGUCGGCCACCACGUUCGACGGCGUCUUCGUCUGGAGGAUCUCUGACUUCACCAAGAAGAGACAGGACGCCAUCGCUGGCCGAGCCCCCGCCAUGUUCUCACCAGCAUUCUACACCAGUAAAUACGGCUAUAAGAUGUGUCUGCGGAUCUACCUGAAUGGGGACGGGACAGGGCGUGGCAGUCACCUUUCUCUUUUCUUUGUGGUGAUGAGAGGACUGAGUGAUGCUCUGCUAAAAUGGCCCUUUAACCAGAAGGUGACUCUGAUGCUGCUGGACCAGAGUAGCAGGGAGCACAUCAUCGACGCCUUCCGGCCUGACAUCACUUCCUCCUCCUUCCAGAGGCCUGUGAGCGAGAUGAACAUCGCCAGCGGCUGCCCGCUGUUCUGCCCGCUCUCAAAGCUUGACGCCAAGAACUCCUACAUCCGCGACGACAUAAUCUUCAUCAAGGCCAUUGUGGAUCUCACAGGCCUUUAGAUGCAACCUUUGAAGUGGAAGUGCAAGGCAACUAAGCAGCAUUGUGGCAAUUCAGGCAGGCUCCAUUUUGGCUGCUGUUGGUCACCAUUUUGGCUCCAUUUGGGUCCAUUUGGGAUCCAUUCUGGCCUAUUUCAGUCCCCUCCAGUUGUAGGGAGACUGACAUGCUUGCUACUGUGUGCUGCAUGCGGCUCCAGAUUGCCCAGCUCCGGAGGCCCUUGCACUGUUGUACAAGGCGGUCCUUUGCAGAGCAAUUCUGUUGUAGCUCUACAUAUUGGUUCCUCAUGGUGCUUGAACCCCACUUUAGCUCUAUAUUAUUUGAAUCCAUGGAAAAGGCAACUGAACAAACAAGUAACUCCAGAAUAUAGUCCCAAUAUUGAGUAGGACAGAACCUGUGGUAUUGACUUGGGGAUAUGUUGUGGUUGGAGGGCAUCUUUUUUCUCUCUUUGUUUUUCAUAAGACCUUGGAGUGAGUGACUUGUAGCCUUUAGAGAAUAGUAAAAAGAGGGAUAUGAACCCUGUUUUCCCUGUCAGUGUAUACAACUGACCCUUAUCGUAGAAGUAGAGCUUGGUCUUGGUCUCUUUGUUUUUCAUAAGACCUUGGAGUGAGCGACUUGUAGCCUUUAGAGGAUAGUAAAAAGAGGGGUAUGAACCCUGUUUUCCCUGUCAGUGUAUACAACUGACCCUUAUCGUAGAAGUAGAGCUUGGUCUUGGCGUAGCAGGGUAUUAACAUUUUCUUUCUUGUUUCCGAUCUCAACGCGAGUGAUUUUGAUUGUGGAUAUCGUGAGCUUCUCAAUGCCAUUGUUGAGUAUAUUUGCAUAGACAAACGUGGAGUUAUGUUAUGAAUAAGAACAUGCGCAAAUUGCAUGCCUGUUACCUUUCAUUGGCCUGUUGGUGUCGAAGUGCUCUCUCUCCCUUCAUUGAGUUGCUGGAGGGCUCUUCCUUGUUAGUUGUUACACUUGUUAGUGAGUUAAACCACCUGUGAUGGUGGACAUUGCCUGCAUGUCUUGUAUCCAGGCAUAUACUUUUUACAUAUACUUAGUGUUGCGUUUCUUGUUUCUCUUUAGGGGUCGAGGGUUACGGGAUUGGUGGUUCGGUACAUCUGUGGAAGAUACAGUGGAGUUAUCAGGGUGUUAUAAGGCAGCUUGCCAGUCAAAGCCUGAGGCAUACGACAAGUGUAUUUCUGUCACUGGUAAAUACACCAAUCUGGAAGAGCUUUCCCCCCCAGGAUAUGCUCAGUACAGUAGCUCACAUCUCAACACAUAGUACUGUGCCCCACCACAGAUGGAGGUUAAUACAGGAUAUGCUCAGUACAGUAGCUCACAUCUCAACACAUAGUACUGUGCCCCACCACAGAUGGAGGUUAAUACAGGUUCAAUGAGCUGAAGGAAUGGUGUGUGCCUUGUUUUCUGUCCAUAUUACAGUACGGUACAUCUGUAUGUAGUUUUGCUGCUCUCUCAGCUUUGUUUCCGGUGUAAAACAAAUGUGUGGCGAUCAAUGCGAAGUUUAGCAUAGACAGUUGAGCGUUAGUUGAAGAGGUUAAAGUGGAAGGAUAAUGAGGGAUGUAGCCUCGAAGUGAAAACAAGUGAAUGUGAUGGUAUAAUUUUCCAUUGGACCAUAGUGGUUGAAAAUCAUUAAUUGAUGUUUGAUGUAACUCUACAUAAAUCCCAUUAACCUGUGGGUGACAGUGAAUCCUCUUAGCCUAGGUGGUGUUAUUAUUCAUGAAGCCCCACAAAUAACGCUGACCAAAAUGCUAAAUCAGAGGAAAUCCUUUAGAUCUAAAUAUAGGUAGGUUCUAUGCAUGUCCAUCAGGGGGUGCUGAUUUACCCCAAUAGUCUUCCCCCUCUGGACUUGCGUCAGGGUUUUCACAGACCUGUUUUGAAACCAGUCUUGACCUGUGUUGAAACCUCUCUGUGCAUGGGAGGGUUCAAUUCAUAUUCAGUAUCGCAGUUCGUUAUUGUCUUACCUUGUAGACCAAUGGCGAACGCAUUGAUUUGCAUUAGUUUGGAGGAGUAUAAAUAAAGAUAGCGUUAUUAUUAUGUCAUAUCUCUCACUGCUUCUGUAUAACACAAGCAGAUGCCUAUAUAUAUUCAUAAGAAUUUAUACUUAUAAUAUCAUAAUGUUGAGCAAUUCAAUAUAUUGAUGUUACUAAACACAUAUUGUUAUUAAUAAACAUAGUAUUGUUGAAUAUAUUAUUAAUGAUAUCUAUAUACCUACUUUUAGUUUUUAUGAGAUGGUUUAAGACAGGUCUGGAAACCCCCUUAAAGUUGAAUUGCCAUAUUAUGGUGCAACAACAAAAGCUCUGCCACAUAAUACCAACCAUGGCACCCUAUUCUUCUGGGUUAACUGUGGGUGGGGUAAAAACACAAUAUUUACAUUCAUCAAAAUGACCCUUUAAAGGUUCCUGCAGUAAUUCUGUGUAAUUUAACUCUGUUUCUCAACCUUUUAUAUGCCACUGGGACCAGAAAACAAUGGACCCUCUUGUACCAAGAACUGACAAGCUGCUAUGGUCCUUGAAGGCACUUCUGGCUACGUUGUUGUCAGCUAACAACCUGAGGGAUCAGUCAGCAGCAUCCCAGAGACCAGUGCCGGUCCUCGGACCAGAGUUUGAGGACCACUGAUAUAAUUUUCCUCUGAGAAAGGGUGCUUUGGUUGUUAAAUGGGUAGUAUUUGGCCUCAGUCAGUGAAUACGUUGUUGUUUGGUCCUCUGAUGGUUAUAGACAGGGUUUGGUUCUGUAGAUUCUGACCAUGUUCAUUAUAGGAAGAAUCAUUCCUGCAGCUUUUUAGGUUGAAACGGGAAGUUGAUCAGUCAGUAUAGUGCACAUAACGAUCAGUCCUUUGCAUAAAUACUUAUUCUUGUGUUGUGCCAAAAUGCUAUAUUACCUCCAUAUUAUUACAAACAAUGUAUUGUAAGUUGUACUUGUAUUCUAUGCUCAAAUAUGGUGCCAAAUAUGCUUGAAGAAUAAUGUGUAUUUAAGGUCUAUGGUUUGUAUUCUUGUUUCAUUCCAGUAUAAUGCAUGGGUCACUUUUAUCUCCUUACAGUACAAUCAUAUCUUUAGGUGUCUGAAUGUAAAGCCUUAAUGCAGUGGUCCUCUCCACUGUUUCUGUGAGAGGAAAACAGUUCAGCAGUUCUGAUUUAAUAGUUGUUGAUGCAGCUGAAUUGAAUUAACUUUAAUUGUGCACUUUGUAUAAUUUAAAAGGUAUCCACAGGGUACAACUUUGUUCUGUGAUUGAUAAACUUUGAAGACAGAUCUAUAUACAUUCUAAUGUGUUCAUUGAUGUUCUCUAUAUACGCUAUAAAGGCUCUUACAGAACAUGCAGUAUGCAAUA